AUCUACGUCGAGCUGCGCACAUUCUCUAGGCUUCUGGAAGGACGUAGAGACCGCCGGUGUCAUUCAUAUCAACACGGAGUGAUCCAGCCGUUUAUCAUAACGCCUGCUCGGGGACUUUAUACGCAUUAAAAACAUGAUCAGGAACGGAAGCCAUGCUGUAGAGGAAGAGGACAAGGGAGAGUCGAGCUCUUCCAGCUACAGCCCGGAGAAGAGGAAGCGGGUGAUCCGGGUGUGGUGUGACGGCUGCUAUGACAUGGUGCACUAUGGUCACUCUAACCAAUUACGACAGGCCAAGGCGAUGGGAGAUUAUCUCGUAGUAGGAGUACAUACAGACGAGGAAAUAGCCAAGCACAAGGGUCCUCCGGUCUUCACGCAGGCCGAGCGGUAUAAAAUGAUACGGGCCAUAAAGUGGGUAGAUGAGAUCGUGGAGGGUGCGCCGUAUGUUACUACGCUGGAGACGCUGGACAAGUACAACUGUGAUUUCUGCGUGCACGGAGAUGAUAUUACAUUGACCGUGGAUGGAAAGGAUACGUACGAUGAAGUGAAGAGAAUGGGCCGAUACAGGGAAUGUAAACGUACACAGGGAGUGUCUACGACAGACCUAGUGGGUCGUAUGCUCCUGUUAACAAAAUCACAUCACAGUAAUGUUGAUAAUGCAGCCUACCAGCUCCACACAGAUAACUUUGGGAAGGGCCCUAAAGGGCACAGCCCUUGGACUGGCGUCUCUCAGUUCCUUCAGACGUCUCAGAAGAUCAUCCAGUUCGCCUCAGGAAAAGAACCGCAGCCGGGAGACACAAUUAUUUAUGUGGCCGGAGCUUUCGAUCUCUUCCACAUCGGUAACGUGGAUUUCCUCAAGACUGUUCACAAACAAGCAGAGAAACCUUACGUCAUUGUCGGACUGCACUUUGACCAGGAAGUGAACCGCUACAAAGGAAAGAACUACCCCAUCAUGAAUAUUCAUGAGAGAACUUUGAGUGUGCUGGCUUGCAGAUAUGUGUCUGAGGUUGUGAUCGGGGCUCCGUAUGCAGUAGGAAAAGACCUUCUGGAUCACUUUAAGGUGGAUCUGGUGUGUCAUGGGAAGACCGAAGUGUUUCCUGACACAGACGGGACAGACCCUUACGCCGAGCCAAAGAAGAGAGGUAUUUUCCGCAUCCUGGACAGCGGCAACAAUCUGGCCUCCGACGACAUCGUGCAGAGAAUCAUUGAGAACAGGUUGCAGUUUGAGGCCAGGAACCAGAAGAAGGAAGCUAAAGAGAUGGCCGUGAUCGAGGCUUUGAAGCGUAAAGAUGAUUCGCUGAAGACCGAGACGGCUCUAACGAAUAAUUAACCAAAAUAUCCAAGCCAAACAAAUCGAGGGCUUCAUCGUAGAACCAAAAUGACCCUCGGACUGUUAUAAAACACCCUGAACGAACAAAUGCCUGAGCUGAGGCUGCUUUUAAGAGGACUUGGAGAAACCGAGACUUUUUUUUUUCUUCGUACGACUCUUUGACGACAAAAGCACUUUGUUGUGCGUGGAGAAUUUUUAUGGUACCUAUUAAAUGGAUUGGAAGACUUCCUCUGUGGAUGGGAGGAACAUUGAGAAACAUUCAGCAAAUACUUUUGUGUCAUAUAGGAAGGUUAUGGGAAGAUUGUGUAAUUUCAAUAGUUUUUUAAUUGGGGCGAUCCAUCCGCUCGUAACUGGUUGAGCAGAGAAUCGCUUUGCGAAGAAACACUUGAUGUUGACUACGAUAGUUUGCAUAGUAGCUGAUAGUAUGUAUGUAAGCUUAUUCUGAUUUUAUGUUUGGAUUUUGUUUUAUUUUGCGUUUUAUAUUCUGUGUCAUGGAAAUAUAUCCAGGUCACAUUUUACCCCAAAAUCAAAAAAGAAAGAAUUUUUUUUCAUAAAGAAAUGU